AUGGAGACUUUGCAGCUAGAAAACGAGAGCAAUCAGCCGCGUAUCGAUUCAUUGUCGACAGAGGUGAACCAGCUCCAGAGCGUUAUUGAAGAGAAAGAGCUUCUUAUCCAACAGUGCAAGGAAAAUGAGAAGAAGUUGGACCAGCAAACCACAGAGGUAUAA